AUGUUCAGCCGUCGUUCUGGUCUCGCGACCUCCCUCCUCCUCGCCCUCGUCCUCAUCUGGAGCUUCAAGCUCCUGCCGCUCGGCGAAUACCAGUCCUACCCUACCGAUGCCUGGAACUCCGCCAAGGAGUCCAUCACCGGCGUCGUAGGCAGCGGCAAGCCCGGCGCCUCCACCUCCAAGCACGUCCAAAACUACUUUGACCAGGUCUUUGGCGCCGAGAAGCCGCCCAUCUUCCCCUUCACCGAGCUCCGCGCGGCCUGCGCGGCCGCCGACUUUGAGGAGAACGAGGCUUAUGUCAACUGCGUCGCCAUCACGGCCGGCAUGACCUCCAUCAUGUCCCAGGUCAAGGUCUGCUUCAAGAUGGCCAUCGAAACCGGCUCGCACAUACUGCUGCCGACCAUGCCCCUGCGCGACUCCAAGAACCUGCUCGACUUCAACUUCUUCAACGGCGACGCCUACAUGCCCUACGACGAGUGGUAUGACAUGGACCACCUGCGCACGCAGAUGGCCGAGGCCUGCCCCAAGAUGAAGAUCCUCCACCCCGACGACAUCAACCCCGACAAGGGCGGCACCGUCGCCGUCCGCCGCCGGUUCGAGAUCCUGUGCUCCGAGGUGCCCUUUUACGAAAAGUUCCACAGCUACUUCUGGGUCGGCCGGCCCUACAGCAAGUUCUUCCGCGAGCAGUUCAAGAUCCAAAUGGACCGCCUGGCCGAAGAGGAGGCCAAGCUGCCGGAGCCCGUCGUCGAGAACGGCGGCAUCACGCUCGUCAACAUUGACUCGGAGUUUUUGGUCUUCCGCAUCACCGACGACCCCACGCGCCGCGACCUGCGCCUCUGGACCGAGCUGUCCCACCUGAUCCGCUUCCGCGAAGACGUCCGCACCGUCGUCCAGCGCCUCGUCGACCGCCUGCCCAACGCCGGCAACUACAUGGGCGUGCACUUCCGCGCCGAGAACGACAGCAUCUGGAGCUCGCCCGAGCACCAGCUCGGCGUCGACCUCGACGCCCUCGACCGCGCCUGGGACAUGUUUGGCAACUACGGCGAGGAGAAGCCCCCCGUCUACCUGGCCUGCGGCGACCAGGAGCAGAUUGAGAUGUUCUCCAAGGCCGCCGCCGAGCGCGGCUGGUCCACCACGCACAAGUGGCAGCUCGCCACGCUCAACGACGACACCGAGACCGCCGGCCUGAUCGACAAGAUGGCCUUUGAUUUCCAGGGCGCCAUUGACAUGGGCAUCAUGGUGCGCAGCCGCUUCUUCAUGGGUGUCCAGGGCAGCGCCUUUUCGUCCACCGUCGGCAACCACCGCGACAUAACCGGCCGGUACCGCGGCAGCUCCUUUGACGUCCCCGACGACGGCGCGCGCACGCACCUGUUCAACGACUUGGACGCGAAGGAGUACCAAUGCUGUCUGUAA